GAGCACAUCGCCUCUGAAUACAUACCUAGCUAGGGCUCGCUGCGGUAAUGGCCGAUACAGGAGAAGCCGUGGAGUCAGCAGGAGCAGAGUUUGACAGUGAAGACAUCUUCGUAGAUACAGCUAGGCUGAAGGAAGCUCUUGCAGAAGAUGAAAUCAGCUCGGACAAAGACGGCAAACCGAACACAGAAACGUCAGUCACUGUGGAAUACUCUGAGCCACUUGUUCAGCCGUCGUCCAAUGCGUUGUCUCAGUUAGAGCCUUCGGUCCAACCCAACACCUCUAGCAAGUCAGCAGAACACAUCACUGGAAGUACAAUUCACUCCCUCUGAAGCCGCAAGCCGGAGGAGAAUGUUGGUGUGUCUGUUGUCUCUUCAGUAGCUCAGUCGUCUGAACUGACUACUCCCUCUCAAGGAAAGGAUGGGAGAACAACUGAUAGGGAUGUUGUAAGGGAUAGCGCUGGUGUAGGAGAAACAGAACAUGGGGUGUUAUACCAAAUUACAUCAUCCAGUGAUGUAGUAAGUGAUUCAGAUCAACAGCAGGUCCAACAGGUGUCAGCUAGCAAUACAGUCAGUGAAUCAGAACACAGUACAACAUCAUCUCGGACUGUGGACAACAGCACACAAAGUCUGUCAGAACACGAAACAAAUGUAUCAGAAAGUAGGACAAUAGAGGAAUCAGAACAGCAUCAAAUUCCAACACAAGUAUCUUCUAGUGGUACUGUUGAAAACCUUCAAAGUCACUCCCGUAAUCUAUCACCAGCUCCUCCGAAAUCCCGCGUCAAACAUAGAAGUCACCUCAUCUCACAGGCCUAACAUGAGCUCUCCAAUAGCCACACCCACUGCCACGCCCACUCACGGAGGAGCCACGGCUGCGGCGACAUCAUCUGAAUGCCAGAGCCCCACCACCGCCGACCUUGGUGUGUCCCCCUAUGUGAUGGUGAAAAGAGGAGGAGGAGGAGGAGGGGGAGGGUAAGGGGACGAAUGGAAGUGCCACAAUUUGAGUCUCCUGGUCUCCUGUAUGCCAAGUCAACCCAGGAGAGACACAACCUCGACAUGUUGAAACCAGCAGAUGAGGUUGCAGAGGAUGUGUUGGAGAUGUUUGAGGAUGGCCCUAGUCAUCAACUGAGCUGGAUGGAAGAGGAGGAGGGGGAAGGGGAGGUGGAUGGUGACUGGGAGGGAGAGGGGGGAGGUGGGGACACUAGCAUGAGACCCCUCUUGCGGAGUAAUUCAAGCCGAGCACACCGAACAUCUCUUCCUCUUCACCUGAAAGAUGUCUCUAGCACUUCACUAGAGUCACCAGAUGAGGCGAGGCCGCUGUCCCCAGUAGACCCCAAUGCUCUGAGAGACCUUGAGCUGCAGGCAAAGAAAGUGGCCUCCAGUCUCGACUAUAUCAUGGAGAACCUCCACAACAGCCUGCACGCUAUGACGGUGUGUGCGAAGCAGUCGGUGAUGCUCCACAGCGAGAGUGUCAACGAUCUACACACUGUGGUGGACACCAAUAUCAGGGCCACCUACAGUUUCCUGGCAAAGUUUGAGGAGCUAAAGAGGCAGACAGUUCCACUCCACACACUUUCGCAGCAAAUGUAUGUUCCACAUACUAUCUAUUGCAGCAUUAUUGCUGCAAAUGUAUGUUGUGAUUCAGGGUACAUGUAUAGUACUGCUAGUAGCUAAUGUGCUUUCUUGACAUCUUCACAGAAAAGACAUCAACAAGAUACUCAAGGUUUUAGAGAGGAACUUCAGAACACCUUAGUGGUGGUCUCUUUUUUAGGAGUGACUCUUUUAUCAAAAUUUUUA